AUGUCUCCACACUGGUCCUACCUCAUCAAGGAGCCUCCACCCCGGUUCUACCUCAUCAAGGAGCCUCCACCCCGGUCCUACCUCAUCAAGGUGUCUCCACCCUGGUCCUACCUCAUCAAGGAGUCUCCACACUGGUCCUACCUCAUCAAGGAGUCUCCACACUGGUCCAACCUCAUCAAGGAGCCUCCACCCCGGUCCUACCUCAUCAAGGAGUCUCCACCCUGGUUCUACCUCAUCAAGGAGUCUCCACACUGGUCCUACCUCAUCAAGGAGUCUCCACCCUGGUCCUGCCUCAUCAAGGAGUCUCCACCCUGGUUCUACCUCAUCAAGGAGUCUCCACACUGGUCCUACCUCAUCAAGGAGUCUCCACCCUGGUCCUGCCUCAUCAAGGAGUCUCCACCCAGGUCCUACCUCAUCAAGGAGUCUCCACACUGGUCCUACCUCAUCAAGGAGUCUCCACCCUGGUCCUGCCUCAUCAAGGAGUCUCCACCCUGGUCCUGCCUUAUCAAGGAGUCUCCACCCUGGUCCUGCCUUAUCAAGGAGUCUCCACCCUGGUCCUGCCUCAUCAAGGAGUCUCCAUUAUGGUCCUGUCUCAUCAAGGAGUCUCCACCCUUGUCCUGUCUCAUCAAGGAGUCUCCAUUAUGGUCCUACCUCAUCAAGGAGUCUCCACCCUGGUCCUGUCUCAUCAAGGAGUCUCCAUUAUGGUCCUACCUCAUCAAGGAGUCUCCACCCUGGUCCUGCCUUAUCAAGGAGUCUCCACCCUGGUUCUGCCUCAUCAAGGAGUCUCCACCUUGGUCCUGCCUUAUCAAGGAGUCUCCACCCUGGUCCUGCCUCAUCAAGGAGUCUCCAUUAUGGUCCUGUCUCAUCAAGGAGUCUCCACCCUGGUCCUGCCUCAUCAAGGAGUCUCCACCCUGGUCCUGCCUUAUCAAGGAGUCUCCACCCUGGUUCUACUUCAUCAAGGAGUCUCCACACUGGUCCUACCUCAUCAAGGAGUCUCCACCCUGGUCCUACCUCAUCAAGGAGUCUCCACACUGGUCCUACCUCAUCAAGGAGUCUCCACCCUGGUCCUGCCUCAUCAAGGAGUCUCCACCCAGGUCCUACCUCAUCAAGGAGUCUCCACACUGGUCCUACCUCAUCAAGGAGUCUCCACCCUGGUCCUGCCUCAUCAAGGAGUCUCCACCCUGGUCCUGCCUUAUCAAGGAGUCUCCACCCUGGUCCUGCCUCAUCAAGGAGUCUCCAUUAUGGUCCUGUCUCAUCAAGGAGUCUCCACCCUUGUCCUGUCUCAUCAAGGAGUCUCCAUUAUGGUCCUACCUCAUCAAGGAGUCUCCACCCUGGUCCUGUCUCAUCAAGGAGUCUCCAUUAUGGUCCUACCUCAUCAAGGAGUCUCCACCCUGGUCCUGCCUUAUCAAGGAGUCUCCACCCUGGUUCUGCCUCAUCAAGGAGUCUCCACCUUGGUCCUGCCUUAUCAAGGAGUCUCCACCCUGGUCCUGCCUCAUCAAGGAGUCUCCAUUAUGGUCCUGUCUCAUCAAGGAGUCUCCACCCUGGUCCUGCCUCAUCAAGGAGUCUCCACCCUGGUCCUGCCUUAUCAAGGAGUCUCCACCCUGGUUCUACCUCAUCAAGGAGUCUCCACACUGGUCCUACCUCAUCAAGGAGUCUCCACCCUGGUCCUACCUCAUCAAGGAGUCUCCACACUGGUCCUACCUCAUCAAGGAGUCUCCACCCUGGUCCUGCCUCAUCAAGGAGUCUCCACCCUGGUCCUGCCUCAUCAAGGAGUCUCCACCCUGGUCCUGCCUCAUCAAGGAGUCUCCAUUAUGGUCCUGUCUCAUCAAGGAGUCUCCACCCUGGUCCUGUCUCAUUAAGGAGUCUCCACCCUGGUCCUGUCUCAUCAAGAAGUCUCCAUUAUGGUCCUACCUCAUCAAGGAGUCUCCACCCUGGUCCUGUCUCAUCAAGGGGACUCCAACGUGGUCCUAUCUGGUUUGGAACCACUGA